CGUGAGGGGACAAGUACGCAGGUCCCCGUUCCCAUGGUGAUGAGUGCAGCCUGUUUCCCCUCCUGUGUCUCCGGGGCUGUGCCACCGAAAGUCCACUCGGCCCGAGCCGAGUCUGAUGGCGGUGGACCAAGCUUACAGAUCGAUGGGAGGGGUUGGUAGAUACCAGAUAUACCUUAUCGUCCUGUUAAACUUGCUGCAGGUUUUUGUUGCCGCCCAAGCUAUCUUUAUGACUAUAGUUGGAGCGAGGGUACCUUAUCACUGGGACUUUGGAAACAUUUCACCUGGUUCGAGCCAGAAUAACAUUUCAAUCAAUCAGAAUGAGGUGUUUAAGCACUGGCUUCGCAUGGUGAAUAAGUCUGAGAUUCAAAGACAUGUGCAUUUUGAUGCUGGUUCAUCAUCUGUUAUCAGAGAGUGGCUUCUCAUUGGAGAUGCUUCAUACAAAAUUUUUUUGGCCAGUUCAGUAUAUUUCUUUGGUGUCCUGAUCGGUGUAAUCAUCUUUGGGCAACUUUCUGAUCGGUUUGGAAGGAAGAAAGUUUACUUAACAGGUCUUUUUCUAGAUAUAAUACUUGGAAUUGUAAGUGGAAUCACUCCUACAUAUGAAAUCUUUGUAGUAUCCCGUUUUGGUGUUGGCAUGAUGAAUGGAGGAAUGUCAUUGGUGUCCUUUGUUCUACUCCAGGAGUAUGUGGCUGUUUCUUGUUGGGCACUAACUGGGUCACUACAGAGUCUUUCUUUUGCUGUUGGAAUUUCUCUAUAUGCAUUACUUGGAUACUUUAUUCGACCAUGGAGGAUUUUGGCCAUUGUGAUUAAUAUUGAAGGCAUAAUCAUUCUGCUCCCAUCUUUAUAUAUCCCAGAAUCUCCACAUUGGCUGUAUGCUCAAGGGCGGUGGAAUGAAGCAAAGGAUAUACUUGAGAACUUUGCAAAGAAGGAUGCUCAACAGAAGUGUUCGGUGAUUCUGAAGCCACCGACUGGAGAAGAUGAUGAUGAGUCCAAUAAUAUCCUUGAUCUUUUCCGGGAUCGAGUUCUCUUGUGGCGGACAUUGAUAAUGAUGUAUGUUUGGUUAGUAUGCAGUCUUGUAUAUUAUGGUCUGACUCUAAAUGCUGCUGACAUGGGCGGCAAUCGAUAUCUAAACAUAGCAAUUUCAGGAAUAGCUGAGUUGCCUUCAUAUCCUCUCUGUUUCUUUCUGCUGAACCGCUCAUGGUCAGGUCGUAGACGGACAUUAGCAGGAUUCCUUCUUGUGGGAGGUGCAGCUUGUCUUAUUAUAAUUUUGUUGCCAGAAAAGAAAAACUCUGGAAUAUUUUCUGUUAUCAACAGUCAAACAUUUUCUAUAAUGGGUAAACUUUCAAUAAGUGCUGCAUUUAAUGCGGUCUAUGUUUACAGCUCUGAACUCUAUCCCACAUCUGUCAGGAAUGUUGGGCUGGGCAUUUGUUCAAUGUCUGCUAGAGCAGGAGGAAUCCUUGCACCUUUUCUUCCAUCACUGAAAUCUAUUCAAGCAUCAUUGCAUUUUGUUGUGUUUGGAGCUGCUGGACUGCUAGCGGGAAUCCUUAGUUUGGUGCUGCCUGAAACAUUGGACAAAUCUCUUCCCGACAAGAUCUCUGACCUGCACAUUGUCACACAGCGCCGACUUGGAGAAGAAGUCGUCCCACUGCAGUCACAGGAAAAUAAAACACCAACUGAUGGGAAUCGUGCAGAAGAUCAUAAUAGUGAGAAUGAAGAGGAUGGUGAUGCUCAUGAACAGACCACGUUGAUCAAAUAAUAUUCAAAAAUUACUUCAGAAAUCAAAUUGCAAUUCAUUGAUAAUGCAAAAUCAGCACUUUAUGUACAUGUUUUUCAAUUUAUCGAGUCAUCUAUGCAUAGCUUAAUUCUUGCAAUGUGCAGCAGUAACUGAGACUUUACAGGCACUGUCACAUACAAGUUUUUACAAAUUGUGACCUGUCAAUGAUACAAAUGUUUCUGAUGGUGCAAUAUUUUGAGGUAUUCUAUUAUCUAAUUUAACAAGUGAAUUUAAUAGAAGGUUUGUUUUGAUGAUGUUAGUGGUACUUGAUUAUUCUCAACCUUGUAUUAUUAGAUUUUUUCAGUAUAUCAAUACAUCUGUUGAUAUCCAGUCUUUUUCCUCGGCAUAUUAAGCUUGGUCUGAUUAGCAGCAUUCAUUUUCUGACUUGGCCUGUUGGUUCCGGCCUGACUUUGGGACUUGAAUGCAAAAUCGAUACUUCCACCAGACUGCGAUGCCGUUGUUUGGCAGAAUCACUAAAAAUAAGGUCCAUGGUUUUUAGGUUACAGCCAAAUGUUAAAGUCACAAUGGCACAGAGGAAGACAAGAAAAAGAAGUUCUUCCCAUAUCCUGGUCAAAACUUGUUUUUUUUUCUCAAUUGACACUCCUAAGAAACUAUUAACUGAUCAUUCAUCAAAUUAGUGAGAUCUUGCUCAAUACAGAAGAGCUGUUGUAUUUCGCUCCGGUACAGCAGUCACUUACUAUUAAACAACAUGUGUAAAAUGCUUUGAGAUGCCUCUAAAACGCAUUCUGCUAUAUAGUUUUGUCAAGUUUUUUUCAUGCCUCUCAAAUUCUUUAAGGUCUAAUGUGACUGCUGGACAAACAUCUACCUAAUUUUCAUUGGGGGCUGUGUGGGUAUGGAGGGUUUUAUAUUUGUUAUGGCAAUCUGUAAAGCUGGCAUUUAUUGUCCAUCCAUAUUCCUUUGAGAAAAUGGUAUUGAAUCUUCUCUUAAUGAAAAGAUGUUGAUUAGGUGUAUACACUGUUCUCCAAAAUCAGCUUCAAAUGCUCAAAUUAGAUAGACCAUGUCUAAUAUCCAAUAAAAGUAUUUCUGCUGUGCCCAAUCUGAGAAAAAGCAUUUUCAGAAGUAAGUUAGGCACAGGAGGAGGCCACCCUGCCCAGCAGGUCUGUACUGGUACUCUGAGCUUUUUAACUUGGUGCCAAUCUUCUGAUUUUUCCUUGUAACCAUGUACAUGGUCUCUAUUUAGGUAAUCAUUCAAUACCCUCAUGCAAUCCUUAAUUUUACCUACUUCCACUAUAACAUAACAAAAUCCUCAUCACUGAGUAGCAAGAGUUUACGUAGUUGUCAAACUAUGUUGCAUUCAGUCACAUCAAUGAAAUGUUAACUUCUAUGAACCAAAAUAAAAACAAAGAACUGCAGAUGAGUGGAAAUCUGAAACAAAAACAGUAUGUAUUGAAGAAACUCAACAGGUCUGGCAGCAUCUGUAAAGCAAUAAGCAGAGUUAACAUUUGAAGUCCUGUGACCAUUCCUCAGAACAGGUGAAGAAGGAUCGCAAGACUAAAACAAACUCUGUUUUUCUGUCUGCCAGACCUGCAGCAUUCUGUUUACACUUCUGUGCACUAUUUUGCCUGUCUAAGCAUUUUUGCUUUUAACAACCUUGAGGACAGAUUGCAGAAUUUUGAUGUAAGAAUGAAGAACUUAAACAGCAUUAUUCACAGCUAAAACUGCUUUGGAGGCAUGGUUUUAAAUUUAUCAAUUAAAACAGGGUCAUCAGAAACAUUGGUCCAGAUUUUCCAAUUUCCAGCUUGAGACCAGAUGUCUCUCUAAAAUACUUGUCGAAUCCCUUGGAACAACACGAUGUGUUGACUCCAUGGAAAUUGCCUGGGAGGUACAAACAUCCAAUAGGCAAUUCUCCAGUGCCCAGGAUCCUGCAUGAAUGUAAUGAAUUGGAUUUGGACACUUGGGUGAGACUUGCUGACCUGGAUAGGGACCCAGGAAAUGAAAGAGAUAAGAAAAAUCAAAAUCCUUGAUAACUAUACAACUGACUACUCUCCAAACCCUCAUCUGCACCAGCAAUACCCCACCACUGACUUGAGCAGACCAGACUCUACUCACCACUCUGCUCUCCUUCACUUUCUCCACAACUCAAUCACCCUACCUCAUUUCCAACUUACUUCACCCAACCCACCACCCCAACCCUUUUACACACAUACAUAUUUAAUCAUACAUUCUCAUGAUCACUCUAACAUACAAAGAUUUCAGAGAAUUUGAAUUUGCUAGAAUGUAGCAGCUAAUGCAGUAACAACAGUGUGUGACCCCUGCUCCCUCUGAGGCUUCCUGUAGUGAGUUUUGAAGAAUCAUUCGUCUGAAGAUUGGCCAGAAGAAUCAAGUGUAUGGGAAAUAGGUAAACUUCUGCCUGCGCAAUGUUAGAAAAAUGGGGUCUGACUCUGACCAGAACAUUUGGGCCAGUGUUUGAAUUCUCUUUUAGAUUUGUUGUAAGCUUUGCUACAGAGUCCUCUGAAUUCAAAUUUUGAAUUGAAGUGAAAUCCUAAUUCUCUCCUGUACACACAUUUACUGAAUUUGGUGCAAAGGCUAACCAAAAUGCACCAGAAUUACUUUUUUAAGCAUUAGGACAAUCAGAUGUUAUAUAUUAAAAACUAAUGACAGCCAUAGUAACAUGGUUUUGCAGCACAUAAUUACAUUAUAACAGAUUCACCAAUAAAGUUCUAAUCUUGUACUCUUUUGUGUAUUGUGCAAGUGUUCUCAUUCUUGAAGAGACAGGUUAACUUCACUGAGCUUGCCAAAAAGAUUGACAAAAAGCCUAUUAAAAAGGCAGCUGAGGAGAUUUAGAAUUGCUCAAAGACAUGUGAUGCUUCUUGCUGUCUUUUCAGAUUCUUCAGUUGUGCACGCACCUGAACUGCAGUAUACCCUCCCUGUAUAUCCAAAGUGUUUUAUUCCUGCAAUUGUGAAUAGGGCCUGGACCUCCUCACUUGCAUGAACUUUGCUUUGGCUCUUUGUCAGGCUUCUGUCAUUGGAAAGACAGAGUAAUUUUUUUUUUGUUUUGUUUUCAUUUUACAGUGGAAUAGAACAGCUAGAUAUGAAUGAGUCCAGGAAGUACUUCUAGAAUGUUUGUGGAGCUAACUCAUAGCAAGUACAGAGCAAAUUCUCAAUAAGAGUACCAAAGUGUCCACCCGAUUAACUUUUUUAUUAUCUGUAUUAUGUGUAACAAUUUUAAUCAGAUGCAAAGUUUCUGCAGGCUUCUGUAAAUUUCAAAAUUGGAACUAGUUACUGAGAUUUUCUAGCAUUUUAUA